ACAUCUUGUUAGUAUUUAGUAUUGCAUGGCGUACAUCGCAUGUCGCAUAAGUGUAACAAAUUAAAUCGUGUUCUUCAGUGUUUAUAGAAUAUUAUUAUAAGCAAGAUGGGUCAAUCAGACGAUCUUGAAGAUUAUACAUAUAGCAGACAUCAAGAUUUAUGCCAAAAACUUAAUAUGGAUGCAAGUGCAGCUUCUGAAGCAUGGAAAUCUUACUCAACUAUUCGCCAAAAUUAUACACUCGAGGGUGAACAGAUGCACUGGAUUGGAUGUGCUGUGUACGUGGCGUGUCGUGAAUCCUCUACGCCCACGGUGGGCAAAACUGGACCUAAUGUUGAGGGCAAUUGUGUUUCUCUAACUCGCCUGCUGAAACUUUGUAAUUUGUCACUGAUACAAUUUUUUUCAAAAUGUAAAUCAUGGGCGGACAUGGCCAAUAUGCCGCAGAGCUUCCGAUCGAAAAUAGAUAAAAUAGAGCGUGAUUUUGCUGUUUCAAUGGUAAUUUUCAAAAAAUACCAGCCAAUUUUCACGUUUAUAUUUAGAAACCCAGUCGAAGAUCCAUCAAAACCUCAGAGAUCGAGGAGACACAAAUCACUGCCAUGCACUCCUUCAAAAGUUUUUGAAUUUUGUUGGGUUCUAUUCAUUUGUGUUAAAGGAGCUUUUCCUGACAUAUCUGAUGAUCUUGUUAAUUCUUAUCACCUUCUAUUAGUAUGUUGUGAUUUAGUCUAUAGUAAUGCACUUCUUGCUGGCCGAAAAGAUCUUUUGAAUCCCAACUUUCCUGGUUUACCCCAUAAUUUCAAUGAUGACAAUUUUGAAAUUCCAAAGACUGCUAACUGCAUCGUGAGUUUGUUAUGUGAACGUCAUGAAGCAAUUGCUGUGGAAGCAAAAGUUAUUAAAGAAUACUCAUUCAAAUCUCACAUUAAUAAACUUAUUAAUGAAAAAAUUUUACGAGGCGAACAGUCAAAUUUUUCAGGCAUUCUUGAGGCUUCUAAUUUUGAGGCUAACCAUAAGUCUCUAAACAAAGCAUAUGAACAACACGUGCUAAAUAUGGGAGAUUUUGACGAGAGAAUAUUUUUAGCUGAGUGGAGAAGAGUUAAAUUGAAAGGAAUAUCAAGUUCAAAAAUUGUAGGCGACUACGAUAUUAUUUCGAGAGCUAAUUUCGUCAGGAACAAUAACUUUGAAGGUGCAGAUGCAAGUGAUAAUAUUGGUUCACCAACAAAGAUGUUGAACAUAGAUUUGCAAGAACAGUUCCAAUUAAAGCGAGAUCAAAUACGUGACUUGGCACCACCGACUCCUCUGACAGGACGGAAAUAUCUUAAAAAUAAAGAUAUGCCUAAUAUUACUCCUGUCUCAACAGCUACUCAGAGUGUAAUUCGCUUACAAGCUCUUCUCGCCGGAAGACAAGCUGCUCCUAAUGAAGUUUUGCUUGAAAUGUAUAAAAGCUGUUCAACGGAUGUAAAAAGUUUCGUUGAGAUUAAAAUUAAAGAGAAUAGCGACAAAUUUUAUGUGUCGUACACUCAAAAUGUAGAAGAUGUUGAAGCUUACAAUCUAGAUUUUGGUAAAAAGAGACUUAUUCUUGGACAAACAUUAUUUUAUAAAAUUUUGGAAAUAAUUUUAAGUGAAGAAAAAAAAAUCAAACCUGAUUAUGAUAUUACGAAUCUUUUAUUGAAUGACGUUUUUCUUCAAUGCUUAUUUGCAUGUUGUUUAGAAAUAGUGAUUUGGUCAUACAAAAAUACAGACCGUAUAUUUCCAUGGAUUUUAAAUGCUCUUAAUGUAGAACCUUAUAACUUUUAUAAAGUUAUUGAAGUGAUUGUUCGCGCUGAACAGCUUUCAAGAGAUGUAGUAAAGCAUCUAAAUGACAUUGAAGAAAAAAUUCUUGAGACACAAGCAUGGAAAUCUAACAGUCCUCUUUGGCAAGCAAUUGAAAAUACACCAGGUGGUGUCCCAAGUUGUGAAGAAGUUUCCCUUCCAGGUAUGUUAGAUUCUUUAGAUUCUAACACAUCAGGUCAGCCGGUGUUGAGAAAAGUGGCAUUAGACAGAGGAGCACCUCAUCAUGAUAAUCAACAAAGUCCUAUAUCAUCUGCUUCUGAAAGAUUUCAAUCACCAGUAACUGCAUCUGGGAUGGUGAAAAAACGUUUGUUUAAUGAUCCAUCCCGAGGCAGUGGGCAGAGUAUUCUCAAAGAUAAAUGUCCUCAAAAAAUAAUAAUCGAUGGCAAUUCCCGGGUUUACGUAAUUCCAGACUCAUCACAAAUAAAGUCAUCAAAUUUAACACCAACUAAUGUCAAUCGUGAGUCUAAUAAAUCUCGAAAAACAGGAUCAGUUGCACUAUUUUUCAGAAAAUUUUAUAUACUUGGAUCGAUACGUAUGCAGAAUCUUUGCAACUCGUUAUCAGUAACUGACGUUGAUCUUAAGAAAAAAAUUUGGACUAUUUUUGAGUAUUCUAUAAAAGAUCGUACAGAAUUGAUGAAAGACCGACAUUUAGAUCAAAUACUUAUGUGUGCAGUGUACGUUGUAUGUAAACUUGCUAAAAUUGAACGUAAUACAUUUACAGAAAUAAUGCGUUGUUAUCGACUUCAACCACAAGCUGAAUCACACAUUUAUAGAUCUGUUCUUAUCUCUAAAAACCCAAGCGUUGAAAAAAAUUUUAACAAAAAUGACACUAAUGCUGAUUCUGAUCCUAUGGAAGUCAAAACUCAUAACGCAACACCACCAACACCAUCUAAUAUGGCAGGAACUUCACAAAGUUUUGGUGAUGAAUGCCGUGGAGAUCUUAUUAAAUUUUAUAAUACAAUUUAUGUUCCUCAAGUUAAAGAAGUUGCGAAUUUAUCACGUGGCAACAACUCUACUCUUACACUUAGUCCCUUGCCGAAAAGUAAUCCUGCGAUAAAUUCACCAGUUAGACGUGUAAGUAACAGCGUUAUGACAAGAACACUUGAUCCCAGGGCUAUUACUGCAUCACCUGCGCCACAAUUAAGUUAUUGUUUUAGUCGUAGUCCUGCCAAAGAUCUGGAGGCUAUUAACAGAAUGAUGAUAUCUCUUGAAGCGAGAAAAUCUGUUGGAAAACGACUUUUAUCCGAUGAAAUGGAUGUAGAUUCGACUAAAGAAAGCCUCUCACCAACAAAAAAGACUCUCACUACCCCAUGCCUCGCUAAAAAAAUUGAAAAUUUGAUUGGGGAACGUCGAACUCAAAACCAAUAAAUACUAAAACGAUUAACAAAAAUCAUAUGGACAAGCUAUUUCUUAUACAAAUUAAUAAUAAAAAUGGAUUUACUUUUAAUUACAGAUUGCAAGUUUUAAAAUAUAAACUUGCAAAUUUUUUUUGGAGAUACAUAGUUCUAUUUCUUUUAGACUUAAUUAGUAAAAUCUGGCUUCGUUUAAUAUUUUCAUUUGCAACUAUCAUCGUUUAUUCUUGGUUAUUUUUAAACCAAAAGUUUUAAUUAGUAAUAAGUAUUUUUGUAAUUUAAUUUAAAAAAUUUUAAGUUAUAAAAAAAAAUAUUUUAUUAAGGUUUAAAUAAUAUUGGCUUCGUGAUAAGCCAAGAAAGAUUAAAAUAAUUUUAGCUGAAAUUUGAAGACUAAACAUAAUAUUAAAAAGUCGAUUUAUAAAAGCUGUAUCAAUGAUCUUUGGUAUUUAAGUGUGUAUACAUAUAGGCGUUAAAUUUUGAAUAUCUGAAUUAAAUUUUCAAAUUAAAUUUUAUGAUCUCAACUUUUACAUUUUGGAUGAUGUAAGUAUAAAGCGUAUAAAGUUUAUUGUGAACGUAAAUUUUCAUUAAUUUGAUUAACUUUAAUGUGAAAAUAUAUUCAAUUUCUUACAUUACUAGUUUUAUUAUCAUGU